AUGGAGGAAAUAUACUACUGUGAAUUUUGUAAUAAGUUUCUUUCUACCAGUCAAGCAUUGAAUGCUCAUAAGCUCAUUCACUCAAGGGAAAGACCUUAUCGAUGUGAGGAUUGUGGGGAAGCAUUUACUCUGAGUAAUGAAUUAUUAUCACAUAAAUGUGCUUUUCAAGUAGGAGACAAACGUAAGCACUGUGAAAUUUGUGGUAAAUCAUUUUCUAAAAAUUCUAACUUAUCAUCUCAUAAACGUGCAAUUCAUGCAACAGAAAGACCGUACCACUGUGAAAUUUGUGGAAAAUUAUUUUCUCUAAAAGGUUGUGUAUCAACUCAUAUACGUACUGUUCAUAUUGGAGAAAAGCCUUACAAGUGCAAUGUUUGUGAAAAAAUUUUUUCUAGACAAUCAUCAUUAAAAUAUCAUAGCUACCUUCACACAGGAGAAAGGCCCUACCAUUGUGAAGUUUGUGGGCACACAUUUACUAAAAUGACAAUCUUAAAAAAACAUAAACGAGUACACACAGGCGAAAAACCAUACACUUGUGAAGUUUGUGGAAAAGCAUUUUCUAGAGGAUUUAGCUUAAAAAGACAUCGAAUUCUUCACACUGGAUUAAAACCUUAUAUUUGUGAAAUCUGUGGGACCGCAUUUUCUGAUUACAGUAACUUAACCAGUCAUAAACGUGUUCAUACUGGUGAAAGGCCAUACCAGUGUGAAAUUUGUGGGAAAGCGUUCUCUAGAAACCGGGAUCUUUCAGUUCAUGAAUAUAGUCAUACUGGUGAAAAACCAUAUCAUUGUGAUAUUUGUGGGAAAACAUUCUAUGUUUAUAAUCACUUAAAAACUCAUAAAAAUAAUGUCCAUUUUGGAGAAGUGCACUAA